CAGUUGCGUCGCCCAUGCUACCGCGAGAUACCGUUGGCAGCAACCGACGUUACUGGCUACUUGUGGGCCAAGAUGAUUGGACGUGGUCGGCUGUGGCGCUUUGAGCUGUUCGCAUGCACGAGUAGGAAUCGCCGAACGACUUGGGUUUUGCGCCAGAUAUUGGGCGCUCUCGUCCAUGAGGGCAAGCGAUGUUCGGUAUUUUUCUCCUGCCGUAAUCGUGCACAAAGGGCGCGAAGCGUGUCUAUAGGGAUCUCGUUUUAUCCUCUCACAUAUUUUGUUUCAAGGGCGAGACCCCAAUUCUCGAAAUAUUCCUGGGAUAAGUACCAUGGCUCCGAAGGGACUCCGUCGGAUCGCCCCAGUGCACGACGUCCCUGACAACACGACCAUCGAUAUCAUCGCAAUCCACGGCUUGGGCACCGAGUCGCCGCGGACAUGGGAGUUCAAGAAGAAAGGAAGAGGCGGGGUGGUGAGCUGGCUGUCGGACAGCGACAUGCUGCCGGCAGCUCUACCUGAGGCCCGCAUAUUCACCUACGACUGGAACGCAAACUACUUCAAAGAUGCACCCGUACAAACGCUGCUCAGCCAUGCUGACACGCUGCUCAAACUUGUUUCCGAAGGCCGCGGUUCGCAAACGCGACCGAUCAUCUUCGUUGCUUCUUGUUUUGGGGGCCUUAUCCUGGCUGAGGCUGUUAAUCGAGCAGCCCAGGAAGGCAGCGACUACCGACAUAUUCUGCUUUCCACUGUCGGGGUCGUUUUUCUCGCCACUCCGUUCCAGGGCAGCGAUGCCGCCCAGCAAGCUCGGUGGCAGGUGCUGGUUGCCGGCAUUAUGGGAGAGCAAGCCUCCGACCAGCUCAUACAAGACCUCGAGCAGAAACACGACUUCGUUCGCCAGCGUAUCCAGAAAUUCACCGAGAUCGCGAAUGCCGAGGCGGUCCGACUACCCCUGUAUUGCUUCUUUGAAAUGAAGAAGACAGAGAUGUUAAGACGCAUUCUAUCACGAGGUUGGGCGAAAAAGCUGACUGAGCGUGUGAUGAAGAAGAUUCUUGUGACGGAGUCCUCGGCUUGCCUCCAUGGUUUCCAUCGUCAGGGGCUAGAUGCAACCCAUUCGGGCAUGAACAAAUUCGAGGGUCCAGAAUGCCCCAACUUUAAACUCGUUAAAGAUGCGAUCAAGCAAUUCGCUGAAAAUGCACCUGCCGUUUUGACGCGGCGGGAGAACUUACCUGGCAAGCGGCACUGGAUUGUCCCGUUUGGACGUAACAAGGAAUUCGUCGGCCGUGAAAAGAUUCUCCAGGACCUUCUCGGGAGGAUUCAUCCUAGUGCAGAUAAGGAUGACUGCCAGCGGACCGCAAUCGAAGGCCUGGGAGGGGUGGGAAAGACGCAGGUCGCGCUCGAGGUUGCUUUUCGCGUCAGCAACGAGCACCCGAACUGCUCGGUCUUCUGGGUUCCCGCUGUGGAUGUCACCAGUUUUGAGAACGCAUACCGUGCUAUCGGCCAGCAACUCGCGGUGCCCGGGAUCGAUGAAGUGAAGGCAGACGUCAAAGCACUUGUUAAGACAGCCUUGAGUCGUGAAAGUACGGGUAGCUGGCUUUUGAUCAUCGACAACGCUGAUGACAGAAAGCUACUCCUUAGCGACACUGCCCUUACCGACUAUCUUCCAUUUAGCCGGAAAGGAUCUAUUCUAUUCACAACGCGAAAUCACGAAGUCGCGGUUAAGCUAGUAGGGCCUAAGAGUCACAUUAUCUCAGUUGAAGAAAUGAGCAGAGACGAAGCCUUAAAGCUGUUGCAGAAAGGCUUGAAGGGAGAUCAGAUGCGUGAUACGGCAAGCACUGUCGCGCUGCUGGAAUUUCUUACCAAUCUCCCUCUGGCGAUACAGCAGGCGUCUGCUUACAUGGCCGAGAAGCAGAUCUUAACUACACAAUACCUUGGACUGUGCAAGUCCAGUGACGAGGAUAUGAUCGAGCUACUGAGCCGGGACUUUGAGGACCGACACCGAUAUCAGGGCAUUCAAAACCCUGUCGCCACAACUUGGCUGAUUUCGUUCCGGCACAUCUCAGAUCACGACCCGCUGGCGGCGGACUACCUCAGGUUUAUGUGCUUCCUAGCUGGGAAGGAUAUUCCGCAAUCUCUGCUGCCGCCGGCCGGCAGGCUAAGGACUGUUGACGCAAUUGGGACUCUGAAGGCGUAUGCAUUUAUCUCCCAACGGAAGGAGCCAGAUACUUACGACAUCCAUCGGCUGGUCCAAAUAUCGAUGCUACGCUGGUUAGCUCAAAAGGGAGAGCGAAAGGAAUGGACCGCCAAAGUGCUACAACGGCUUGAUAAUAUGUUUCCCUCUCCAGAUCACGGCAAUAGAGAAGUGUGGAUGAGCUAUCUUCCGCAUACGCAACAUGUUUUUGAACUGCGGGAGAGGGCGGAUGAUGAGGAGGUGCCAACAGGUCUUCUGUCCAAAGUGGGCCAGAGCUUUCACAAUUUAGGAAAAUAUAAGGAGGCCGAGCAGAUGUAUCGGCAGACGCUACAGCUAUGUGAGAAGGUGUUGGGUAAGGAGCAUCCUGGCACACUUACCAGCAUGAACAACCUUGCGAGUGUGCUCGAUAGUCAGGGGAAGUACGAGGAGGCCGAGCAGAUGCAUCGGGAGGAGCUACAGCUAUGUGAGAAGGUGUUGGGUAAGGAACAUCCCGACACACUUACCAGUAUGAACAACCUUGCGAGUGUGCUCGAUAGCCAGGGGAAGUACGAGGAGGCCGAGCAGAUGUAUCGGCAGACGCUACAGCUACGUGAGAAGGUGUUGGGUAAGGAGCAUCCUGGCACACUUACCAGUAUAAACAACCUUGCGAGUGUGCUCGAUAGCCAGGGGAAGUACGAGGAGGCCGAGCAGAUGUAUCGGCAGACGCAACAGCUACGUGAGAAGGUGUUGGGUAAGGAGCAUCCUGGCACACUUACCAGCAUGAACAACCUUGCGCUUGUGCUCAAAAAGCCAGGGAAGUACGAGGAGGCCGAGCAGAUGUAUCGGCAGACGCUACAGCUACGUGAGAAGGUGUUGGGUAAGGAGCAUCCUGGCACACUUACCAGCAUGAACAACCUUGCGCUUGUGCUCGAUAGCCAGGGGAAGUACGAGGAGGCCGAGCAGAUGUAUCGGCAGACGCUACAGCUACGUGAGAAGGUGUUGGGUAAGGAGCAUCCUGGCACACUUACCAGUAUGAACAACCUUGCGAGUGUGCUCGAUAGCCAGGGGAAGUACGAGGAGGCCGAGCAGAUGUAUCGGCAGACUCUACAGCUACGUGAGAAGGUGUUGGGUAAGGAGCAUCCUGGCACACUUGAGUAA